GACGACAACAGGAGGACAGGUGAGCUGCCCGAUACCUGGGGGAGUAUCGAUGUAUGUAGAAAGGACAAAAAGCGGGGCUGAAAGCAAACCACAUGUCUUCUGGUUGCGGCUCCUCUGCCCGCUUUGACCGGAUUCGAGACGUGCGCUGUGUUGCCGAGGUUCCCGAGAUCCAGUUCGAGAGAGAAGUGGGCCCUGUUCCUCGAGAGGAGGUGGGACGUGCUGAGCAGACACUUGGCUCCAACCCCAUAGCUGCCCUUUCCUUCCCGGCACACUACCCUGUGGGGCCUGAGUUUUACCCCAGUGACAGCGAGGAGAGCCUCCAUGUGACCGAGGAACAUUCAGUUUGCCGCUCAAUUCCUGGCUCCGUGAGGGAGUUUUUCCAGCGCACAGACAGAAGAAGCAAACGGGGGUCCACGGAGAGAAGAAGCAAACAGGGCUCCGCUCCCGUGUCACAAAGCAACAUCUCCAGCCGCAACGCCACUUCCUCUGUCUUCCAGCAGCCCAAGCGCACGAUGUCGGAGGGCAGCGACAAUUUCCGCAAGGAGCACGAGGCCACGCUGUUUGACGAGCCGGUGCGCUCCGUUGACGGACGCACGUUCCACACAGCUCUGACGUACGAGGAGAGAAUGGCUGUUUAUCAGCAACAUUACGGCUACAUGAAGACAUGGGCUGGAAUGCUACGCAUCCUGGGAUGCGUCCAACUGCUGUUUGGGGCAGCCGUCUUCGCCUGUGCCUGUGCGUACGUGUACAAGGACAAUGAGUGGUACACCAUGUUUGGCAACACCCAGCCGCAGGCGUACGGGGGAUACUUGUCUGGCAUGGGCAGCAUGGGCAGUAUGGGCAGUAUGGGUGGCAUGGGCAGCUACGGGGGCAGCGGCUUUGGUGGGAUCUACUACACGGGACCCCAGACUCCAUUCGUGCUGGUGGUGGCGGGGUUAGCGUGGGUGGUCACUGUGAUCCUGCUCGUCCUGGGAAUGACCAUGCACUACCGCACUGUCCUGCUCAACUCGGCCUGGUGGCCAAUCAUGGAGUUUUUCACCAACCUCGUCCUGGCCGUGCUGUACUUAGCAGCGGCCAUUGUGUAUGUGAGGGACACUCGCCGCGGGGGUCUGUGCGACUACCCGACCUUCAACGUUGGCAUCAGUGGCGGCUUUUGCCAGACCGAGCCUGGCCAGACGGCUGCCAUUGUGUUCCUCUUCGUGACUUUUCUGCUUUAUGUGGCCAGUGCUGUCGUGUGCAUCAAGCUGCAGAGGCAUGAAGCGGCCCGUAUGCGCCGCGAGCGCAGCGGUCAAGAGAUGAAAAUGGCUGGAUAUUCUGUUCCAACACUCAUGAAUUAUGGUGAUUUGAGGGCUCCACCACCAAAGGAGGCAGAAGUCACAAGAAUUCAGCCAGAGGUUUCAGAUGGACAUCUCCCUUCAGGACCUUUUCCCGAACCUGUGUUCAUUCCUGACUAUACUGAGAAGUAUCCGUCCAUCCACACAGAGGAGGAACGGGACCGAUACAGGGCCGUGUUCAAUGACCAGUAUGCAGAGUACAAGGAACUGAAUGCAGAGGUGCAGGUUGUGCUGAAGAGGUUCGAUGAGCUGGAUGCCUUAAUGCGCAGUCUGUCUUCGCAACCUUACAACCAGAUGGAACAAGCUCGCAUCCAGGAAAUCCUGCAUGAGUAUCAGAGGAAAAAAAUGGACCCUUCCUUCCUUGAGAAGAGGGAGCGCUGUGAAUACUUAAAGAGCAAGCUGUCCCACAUCAAACAGAAAAUACAGGAGUAUGAUAAAAUAAUGGACUGGAAUGACGGCUGCAGCUGAAUACUUUCGGGAAGAACGGAUCGUGGUGAAACUGUGUCUGCGGUUUGACUGUUGCAGUACAGACACCCCUCUACUUACGUAAAUUCAAGAUACGUAAAUCCAGAUUUACGUAAAAAUUGCUGACAUACACGCUAUUUACGGAUAGCACUUUUAUUUUAUGCAAAACGUCUGAAAUACGUUAAGUGCAAGUCGACAUAACCAGA